AAAAAAGCCGCUCAAUUUCUCAUAAUUUUUGAUAGAGAGUUUUCACGCUUUUACGGCUUUUCUUCAAGUGAAAAAUCGUGGAAAACAUUUCAAAUAGUUAGAGUAAAGUGUCUGUUGUGUUGUCUGUGAGAAAAUUAUCCGAUUCAUCGUGAAAAUUUUGAGAAAACUGCAUAAUUUGGAAGGUCAAAGGAGGCUUGGGUUGAAAGUGCGCCAUUUUUCUCAUCCUUUAGUAAACUUUUAGGACUUUUUAGUGAUUUUUUGUGAAAUUCUAUUCCCGAACGAAUCCUGAGGAUUGUUUGAAGUAUUCGGAAUCUCUAUAAGAUAAAGUGAACCAUUGAAGAUUCAUUUUGGAGGAACAUAUUUUGAUUUUUCAAGACUUUCGACGAGUUCUUUACGAAGUCGACGAGUGCUAAAGAAAAUUCACCACCUUUGUUUUGUUUUGGUCUUUUCAUCAAUCAGACAGAAAUUUAAUGCAAAAAGAAAGUGUUUUUAAGUGAAUUAAUAACAAAGAUUAAGUGAUAAUUACUAGAGGAGCAGACUCCUUUAAUAUCUGACAGGAUGGUGGGCAAAUGCAUCGUGAAGAAUUGCGAUAACAGCAAUAGCGUUUCGAGGGCAAAACCAUCAGAGGUUGGCUUUGCGUUUCAUCGAUAUUUUUGUGGCAGUGUUACGAGUCAUACGAUGAGCAGUCGUUUGAGGAAUCUCUGGAAGGAACGACUGAAUUUGGCUAAAUCGUAUGUAUUCAGUUCAAAUGAUGUCAUUUGCAGCCUUCACUUUAAGCCAACAGAUUUGCUCCGAAAAUCUCAGGGCGUGACGCUACUGAAACUAGGAGCAAUCCCCAUGCAACAACCUGCUUCAACUUCUGAGUCAAGCACUGAAAGCUCUGUCCACGUAGACCUUGAUAGGAGCUCUGUGUCAAAAUCUUUUGAUCUUAACGAAGUGUCCGAAGGAUCUAUGGAGGUAUCGAUGGAUCCUCUUGAGGAAGUUUCAGACGCCGUAAUGAAAUUAGAACAUGAGGCAUGCUCUGAUGAUUCCACUCUGGAAUCCCCAGAUGAUCCUCUUCAGAACUUCUCUGAGGAUCCUCUUCUAGACCCCUUAGAAGAUCCACUGAAAAAUUCCCAGGAAGAUAUUGGAAAAUUCAUGGUGACACUUAACAACAAGAAAAGCAUGGAAGUCGUUAACAAUCUCAAAUUCAUACUUCCAUCAUACUAUCGACGCUGCGAACAGAAUCGACCAAAACUGCCACCGCUGGAAGCUCUUUAUGCGCCAAAAGAACCUCCAAAACCCCCCUCGCCUAAACCCCCAUCGCCUAAGCCCCCUUCGCCUAAACCCACUCCUCCUAAAUGUUCAGGAUGCCCCAAGGAAUGCGAGUUUCUCAAGAAUCCCCCUUGUUUGGGUGUCGCCGGUCUAAAAUCGGAAAAACUCAUACUUAAAGUUGCCGAAAGAAGUCAAAUGAACAGAAUUAUCAAUCUAAAAAAAGAAAUUGAAACACUCAAGAGGAAGUUAAGGGAAAAGGAGAAGCUCGUUGUGAAGUACAAGGCUAUCAUAGAUAAGAAUAAAUCUUCAGGUCCUACAUUGGAUGAGGCCAUGAAGGAUGUGCCUGUUGGUAGUAGGCCUAUUGUUAAUAUGAUUUUAAAGAGGAAAGACAAACCAGAAUGUUCACGUCGGUACGGAACGGAUUUGAAGCAGUUUGCCUUAAAUCUACGUUCAAUUUCACCGAAGGCUUACAACUACGUAAGGCAGGAGCUUGGACUGAACUUGCCUCACUUGAGAACACUAACAAAGUGGAGAAGUGACAGUAAGAAUAAUUCGGAGCCUGUUGACAAAGAUUGGAAGGCGCAGGAGGCACUCUUGUCGCUUGCAAAGAAGUUGGAGGAAGAAAACUACAAGAAACCUCAGUAAAAUGUUGUUUUGUGAUAAGACAGAUGAGUCUGAUGAAGUUCCAAAUAAAAUGAAUUUCGAUAAAUAAAGAGGAUUUCGUAAUGAAGGA